GUAAAUCCAUAUCAUUGGCUUAUCGAGACUUUCACUUUUAUAAACAUUAAAAAGAGUUAAACAAAAUUUGGAGCCGAAAAGAGAAAACUGUCUAAUCCGACACAAAAGGAGAGUGUUAAAAUUUUAUCUUUUGCUGACGAUGACUGACUCAUUCGACCUCCAACGAAUCGAUCUCCCAAAGACAAAGCAAAGCAUAAUUCUAUUUUGCUAGAACACAAAACAUAUAGCUCACAUAGUUUAUACCUAAAGCAUUAUUUAUUAUCAUCAUCAGCUCUUACUCCAUUUCGAUAUUUGGAUUUUUAAAACAUUACCAAUGAAUGAUCUCCUACCAUUUAGACAUCUAUCUUCGUUUAUUUCUUCUAUUUGUUUGCUUAAUGUGCUUUGCCUACUUAUCAUUUCUUCAACAGGAGGAGCUGAUGGUAGCAUUGGUGUAAACUACGGCACACUUGCUAACAACCUCCCUCCCCCGCAACAAGUAGCCGAGUUCCUCCUCCGCUCCACCCUCAUUAACCGCAUCCGCCUCUUCGACGCCGAUCCUCUAAUCCUCAAAGCAUUCGCUAACACCGGCAUAACCGUCACCGUAACCGUCCCAAACGACCAAAUCCCACACUUAACCAACCUCACCUCCGCCCAAAAAUGGAUCUCCGAUCAUAUCCAACCUCACUUCCCAUCCACAAACAUCAUCCGAAUCCUCGUCGGAAACGAAGUCAUCUCCACCGCCGAUCACCUCCUCAUCAGAACCCUAGUCCCGGCGAUGCAAUCCUUACACACCGCCCUCGUCUCCGCCUCUCUCCACCGUCGAAUCCAGAUCUCCACACCUCAUUCUUUAGGAAUCCUCUCUGAUUCAACCCCACCGUCUUCCGCUAAGUUCCGGCGAGGAUACAAUACACAAGUCCUCAAACCUCUCCUCAGCUUCCUCCGCACUACUUCCUCACCGUUCGUCGUGAAUCCGUACCCGUUCUUCGGUUACUCACCGGAAACACUCGAUUUCGCUCUGUUUAGACCUAAUCCAGGCUUAUUCGAUCACCACACGAAGCUUCUCUACACGAACAUGCUCGAUGCUCAGCUUGAUUCGGUUUAUUCCGCUAUGGAUAAGCUAGGGUUUUCAGAUGUUGAGAUCGUCAUAGGCGAGAUCGGGUGGCCGUCGGAGGGAGAUAUAGAUCAGAUCGGCGUUGAUGUUUCAACGGCAGCCGAGUUUAACAAGCAUCUGGUGGCGCGUGUUGAUUCCGGUACCGGAACACCGUUGAUGCCUAAUCGGUCAUUCGAGACUUACAUUUUCGCGCUCUUCGACGAAAAUCUCAAAUCAGGACCAACAUCGGAGCGUAACUUCGGAAUAUUCCGAUCUGAUCUGACUCCGAUCUACGAUAUCGGAAUCCUCCGGCCAAAGGUAAUCAAUCGCCGUCGCAUUUUCGCUGUUUUCGCAAAUUUUUUCAUACCUUUACGAAUUGUACAGGUUAGAUCAUCGAUUCCGGAGAAAAAUCCAGGAUCUCCGGCUCAAGGAUCGCCGGAGAAGCGGUGGUGCGUCACAAAGCCAGGUGCGGAAACUGUAGCUUUACAGAGGAACAUUGACUACGUAUGUGGAUUGGGCUUAGAUUGUAGGCCCAUUAAUGAAGGUGGGCUUUGUUACUUGCCGAAUACAGUAAAAGCCCAUUCGGAGUACGCUAUGAACUUGUUUUACCAAACAAUGGGAAAAUACAAAUUUGAUUGCGAUUUCGACAAAACUGGAGAGAUAACUACGAUUAAUCCAAGCUAUGGAGAUUGUGAAUAUCAUGCUUAGUACCUUUUCUUUUUUGGGGUUUGGGUUUGUAAUAAUCAAUUUUAUGAUUAUAAUUUCUUAUGAAGUCUCUUAAAUUAAGGAAUAUGGUCACUAAAUUGCAAAUAAA